CGGGCACGAUCCAAACCAGAACAUCACUGCCAGCAAAGCUCGAGAUCGAAUCGAGCUAACUCAUGGCGCCGGUGGCGAUGGAGAAACCGCAGCAGCUGCGACGGCUGCUUCCUCUCAUCGCUCUCGCUCUAGUGCUGCCGGGCUGCUUGGCCAGCGGCGGAGGGGAGCCGGCGAUCUUCCAGAUCCCCCGGGACGGGAGCGUGGUGGAGCUGGACGAGGGCAACUUUGAGGCGGCGGUGGCCGCCGUUGAUUACCUCUUCGUGGACUUCCACGCCCCCUGGUGCGGCCACUGCAAACGCCUCGCCCCGCAGUUGGAUGAAGCUGCUCCAGUGCUUGCUGCGCUGAGCCCGCCAAUCGUAGUCGCAAAAGUAAAUGCAGAGAAGUACAAGAAGCUUGGGUCCAAAUACGGAGUAGAUGGCUUCCCUACUCUGAUGCUUUUUGACCAUGGAGUCCCCACGGAGUACACUGGUUCAAGAAAGGCCGGUCUGCUUAUCGAGAGCCUGAAGAAGCUUGUCGCACCUCAUGUUUCUGUUCUUGAGUCCGACUCAGCAAUCAAAAGUUUUGUUCAGGAAGCCGGUGCAGAUUUUCCAUUAUUUAUUGGAUUUGGGGUGGAUGAGUCAUCAAUUGCUGAGUAUGGAGCGAGAUACAAGAAGAAGGCAUGGUUUUCUAUAGCAAAAGAUUUCUCUGAGGAUAUGAUGGCUGUAUAUGAUUUUGACAAGAUUCCAGCAUUGGUUUCUCUCAACACAAAGUAUAACGAGCAAAGUGUUUUCUAUGGUCCCUUUGAAGGAACCUUCUUGGACGAUUUUAUACGACAAUCUCUACUGCCUAUAACUGUGCCCAUCAAUGCAGAGACUCUUAAGAUGUUAAAAGAUGAUGAUAGGAAAGUUGUUCUUACACUUCUUGAGGAUGAAUUUGAUGAAACUUCCAUGCAGUUGAUAAAAGUUUUGAGGUCCGCAGCCAAUGCAAACCAUGAUCUAGUGUUUGGAUAUGUGGGAGUCAAGCAAUGGGAGGAAUUCACCCAGCCUUUCCAUGAUUCCAAGACCUCACAGCUGCCAAAAAUGAUAGUCUGGGACAAAGAUGAGGAGUAUGAAGUGGUUGAGGGUUCAGAGAAUCUGCAAGAAGGUGACCAUGGAUCCCAAAUCAGUCGUUUCCUCGAGGGAUAUAGAGCUGGAAGAACAGCAAAGAAAUCAGUGGGCGGACGUACCCCGACACUGCUCGUCGUGAAUGCGUUGUACAUCCUCCUUUUCUUGGUUGUUGUUCUUAUUGCCCUGAUGUUCUUCGCUGGGCAAGGCGAGGAAGAUCGACAACCAACACGAGCCCAUCAAGAAUGAAUGUGUAGUAGUUUUGUGCACCAGAAUUAAACUUACAAGGAAUUCCUGAAGCAGGAGAAUAGAAGCAUGUUCUAGAGAGGGUAACUUAAAGAUGGUGGAUAAGUUUCUGAUUUUUCGUUUGACAUGCCUUAGGGCAUGUACAAUGAUAUACAGUCAGCUGUCUAUAAUAUGUGCCAUGUAGGAUUUUGGCUAACAUGGAAGAGAGAGAAGAUUGAAAAAGAAAGAGCCUGUCUGUAGAAAUACAGACGGUCUGCUUCCACGUUAAUCGCUGCUUACAGACAGCCUUCUUGCCAUUGUAGAGGGAGUUGUCGCUAUUUCACGGUUUCAAGCCCACGUUUCUCCGGAGUGUGUGGACCUGCUCUUCAGUUACUUGACAGAAUUUCCUGAUUCCACGGUGCUUACAGAUAGCCAAAUAGACAGCUUGUUGUAGAUGGUGUCUUUAGUACUAUCUGCAAGAUACUUGGAGGUAUGGUACAGACGGUAGGAGUCUAAACCAAUGUACAUGCCCUUAGGAAGGCUGGUUUUGAUCUCCCCUUGUCCGACCUGGCAGUUACUAACUUCAUUGACUAGCUAUUUUCAUUUUCAUGUAAACUUAUUGAUUUAAUAACUUGAGCAGCUAUCUGCUUUGAUGAUUUUCGAA